GAGGUUAUAUUAGUGUUGUAUAACCUUUGUAUUGAACACUGAUGAGCCUUAUCUUUGACCUUUGUAGCCAGUAAUAAAGCAAGAGCAUCCUGGGCACAGUAAUAAAGCAGAUAGUCGACUGGUAAUUAGUCGAUUGGUAAAAGUCCAACUGAGAGAAAUAUAAAUAAUAUGGGAAGCACCAGUCAUCCAGAUAAACCACACUUCAACUCAGCUGAAUACAAACUGUCUGGGAUUCUGUUGUAAAGUUUUAUGUGAACUUCUCUUCAUAUUUGUUCAUUAUAUGUGGUUUUAUUCAGCCCUUAAAUAUCUUUAAUAUAUAUUUUUGUUAAUUAUUAUAAGUGCCAGGGUCGUGACGUCAUUACUGGGGUCACGCGGCGUUGACCUCAGGUGUGUCUCAGUGUGUGUGUGUGUGAGUGUGUUUUUUUCUCCGUUGGUUUCUCAGGUGUCUUCCUGCUGAAGGUAAACAAAUGGACUCAGCGGCGGUUUGCGGUAAAAACAUGAAAAAUGUGAUCGAGCCGCGCGGAUUAAAAGGAGUAAAAUGCCCGGACAGAAGAGAAGAUAUAAUGUACGGUUCCCUCCCAGUCGCAUCAAAAAGAUCAUGCAGAAGGACACAGAGGUGGGGAGGAUUGCGAUGGCGGUUCCUGUGAUCAUCUCUCGGGCGUUGGAGAUGUUCCUCAAGUCUCUGUUGACCAAAACGUGUCUGAUAACUCAGUCGAGGUUCAGCACUGUCAUGUCUGUAGCUCACAUGAAGCAGUGCAUUGAGUCAGAGAAGCUCUUCCACUUCUUGAAAGACCUGGCGGAGCGAGCGACAUCUACGGCAGCCCAGAAGGACAACAGAGGCAUGAGUAUGUGGCCGUUAUACAGGACCAAACGUCACGAAAUUUCUGUCAAAAAAACCACUGAUGUGGGUGAAGUGGCGCCGCGAAGGAGCCUCGACUCACUCGACAACGUCUCGAGCUCCAGUGAGUCGGAGCUCUACAUCUGUUUAUGACUGUGAGAGAACGACCAGAGGAACCUGCUGUGAACUCACAGUCAUUUCAUCCCUGUUGUUUCUGCUUAAAGGUUUAUUUUUAUUUAAGCUUCACUGGUUCUGAUCUCGAUCUGAUAUCCUCUGUUACAGGACUAUCACAAGUUGUUUUGGGUGGAAAAAACAUUUACGUUAUGUUCUGUGUUAGAUAUUUGUCUGCUAAAAUCUAGUUUUUGGAUUUUUUUUCCUUUGAAAAAAGACAUGGCUUUUUGUUAUUAGGCCUUUAAACUUUUGUUCAUAGCAGAUGUUUGUAAGUUUGCACUGAAGAAAAUAAUUUAAAUUGUGUAAUAUAAAGUUCAGAGCUUUUUUGUUGAUCAGGAAAUUUUUGUUUAACUUUGUGUAACACAUUUGACAACUUUUGUUUUGUAGCUGAAGUGAUGCUUUGGUCGUUAAAUCGUGGGAUAUUAAGUGGUUUUUGCACAUAUUUAAUUUAGAAAUUAGUUUUUCAGAUCAUUUUAGACACUUAGCAUCUUUUUUUUUUUACAUUCUUGUGAUAUUAAUGCAGUAGUAUUCCUCUGAAACACUUCAGUCGAUAUCUGAGUCAAAAGUUUCUCAACUUUGCUUGUUAAAUUUUGUUUUCCAGUGAGAAUGUGACCUGCAGCGAUCUUUAAAACCUUUAACCUUUAAAUCUUUAAGUGCUUACUCUGCAGAGUAGUGACCUUUUGCGGUUUCUAUUUUUAAAGCACUGGUAAAUUAAUGUUUUAAAGGCAGAAAACAUUUGCAUAUAUGAAAUGUGAAAAUAAAUAAUAAAUAAAUGAGCUCAUUUCA